AUGACAAGGGUUGCGAUUGUGGAACAUGGAGGAGCAUCAGCGGUUACAAAAGGAAGAGAUCACAUAGCCGUGCUUGGGAGAAUAAACGCUGCAAAUAUAAUCACUCCAGAACAUCGGAUAGAUGAAAUUGUUGGUACAUUACGUGAAGGAGCUUUCGGGAAAGUAGUAGAGUUCAUCGAUCAUAAAGCAGGAGAUAGACGUGUUGCGGUAAAAAUAGUAAAAAAUGUAGACAGAUACUGUGAAGCUGCUCGCUUAGAAAUACAAGUUCUGGAACACUUAAAUACAACAGAUCCUGACAGUACAUUCCACUGUGUUCGGAUGUUGGAAUGGUUUGAACAGCAUGGACAUGUUUGUAUUGUGUUUGAACUAUUGGGACUCAGUACAUAUGACUUCAUUAAGGAAAAUGGCUUUCUACCAUUUCGAAUGGAUCCUAUCAGGAAGAUGGCUUAUCCGAUAUGCAAAUCUGUGAAUUUUUUACACAGCAAUAAAUUGACUCACACAGACUUAAAGCCUGAAAACAUCUUAUUUGUACAGUCGGACUACACGGAGGAAAUGAAACGUGAUGAGCGUACCUUAAUUAAUCCAGAUAUUAAAGUGGUAGAUUUUGGAAGUGCAACAUAUGAUGAUGAACAUCACAGUACAUUGGUGUCUACAAGACAUUACAGAGCACCAGAAGUUACUUUAGCCCUAGGAUGGUCUCAGCCAUGUGAUGUCUGGAGUAUAGGAUGCAUUCUUAUCGAAUACUACAUUGGGUUUGCUAUAUUUCCAACUCAUGACAGUAAGGAACACUUGGCAAUGAUGGAACGAAUUCUUGGACCUUUACCAAAACACAUGAUACAGAAAACCAGGAAACGUAAAUACUUUCAUCAUGAUCGAUUAGACUGGGAUGAGCACAGUUCUGCUGACAGAUAUGUGUCAAGACGUUGUAAACCUCUGAAAGAAUUGAUGCUUUCUCAGGAUGCUGAGCAUCAACUUUUAUUCAACAUUUUACUGGAAAGCCUAGGUAGAGUAAAAGGCAAGAAAGAGGUAUUAAGGUUCCUUAAACUAGAAAAGAAGUUAUUUUGCAGAUGA